AUGCCUCUACGCGCCAAAGUGAUCAACCCUGCCUUCCAGGCUACCUCUUCGAUGUCGACAUCAGCAAACGCCACCAAAGAACUCCCCGGAGACGAAGCCGAUGACGUUUUGUUCAACUCGAUUUACGGCCUUCGCAGCGUUGAGCUCAACCGACCCAAGAAGCUCAACUCCCUCAAUGGCUCCAUGGCCCGGAAGAUUCUCCCUCGGUUGCAGGAAUGGGAAAAGUCUCACUUGGCAAACAUUGUUCUCAUCUCCGGCGCUGGCUCCAAAGCUCUUUGCGCAGGAGGUGAUGUCGCAGCAUUGGCACUACAGAACGAGAAGGGACUCGAGGGACAACAAGCAUCCACGGAUUUCUUCGGACUUGAAUAUCGCCUCGACCACUUGAUCGCUACAUACUCGAAGCCUGUGAUUUCUUUCAUGGACGGCAUCACCAUGGGCGGCGGUGUUGGUCUCAGCAUGCACGCUCCUUUCCGAAUUGCGACCGAGAGAACCGUCUUCGCUAUGCCCGAGACCACCAUUGGCUUCUUCCCUGAUGUGGGUGGCUCGUUCUUCCUGCCGCGAUUGGAUGGCGAGACAGGUACCUACUUGGCUAUGACUUCCGCGCGCCUGAACGGUGUGCAGGCUCUCAAUGCUGGUAUCGCCACUCACUAUCUUCACUCUAGUGUUUUGGGCAGUGUCACCCAGCGUCUUUCGGAGCUGGUCUUCCCCGAUAAUGUUGCUCUUCCUGAGCGCUUAGACGCCGUCAACAAGACUAUGGCUGAAUUCUCGGUUGGCAUUCCUUUGGAUGAGUCCAGAAUUCUUGCUGGUCACAACCGUCGCUCCAUCGACCGUUGCUUCGGAUUUGACACGAUUGAGGAGAUUUUCUUGGCCUUGGAGAAGGAGAAGGAGACCAACGAGAAGUGGGCAAAGGAGACCUUGGAGACGCUUUCAUCACGCUCCCCAACCUCUCUCAAGGUGACAUUGCGCCAGAUGCGCGUUGGUAAGAAGUGGGACAUCGCGGAGACCUUCAAGCGUGAGCACCAGAUCGCAGCCAACUUCAUGCGUCACCCAGAUUUCGUUGAAGGUGUGAAGGCCCGCUUAAUGUCUAAGCCCGCCCGUCAGGCUGAGUGGCAACCGGCUACUUUGGGGGAGGUCUCGCAGGAAGAUGUCGAUAACUUCUUCAAGGUGCCCGAAGGCGAGACUACCCUGGAGUUGCUGAACAACAAGACCUACCAGAACUACCCACAUGAGCGCUUUGCUCUUCCCAGCGAAGCUGCCAUUGAAGAGACUGUGCGGAACAACCGUAUGUCCAAGAAAGAGACGGUCAAGCACAUGGUUGAGCGAUGGGGUCAGAAGGAGGGUGUGGCUGAGAAGGUAUACAAUGUGCUCUCUAAGCGCACCAAGGAAGGUGAAAAUGGUGGCUUGACCUGGGUAUAA